AUGUUUCUGGCUUGGAGCUUGGUGUUUGGAGCUUGGAGCUGGGAACUCAAGGGUGCGCUUUCACGAGUGAAGAAUGUAAACUCUUUCAUAGCUCGCAUGCGAUUUGCCUUGGCUACACGCACAACUUUGCGUAAUAAGCUUAUUUACAUGUAUGUCAAGUGUGGAAGUUCGGAUGAUGCUCGAAAAGUCUUUGAUCACAUGAAAGAACGAGACAGCGUCUCAUGGAAUACGAUUAUAGCAGCCUGCAGAAGACAUGCGUAUCCUCACGAAGCAGUCAUACUGUUUCACCAUAUGCAGCAAACAGGUUUCCAACCCGAUCAGUUUACAUUUGCAAGUGUACUCCCAGCCUGUGCCGAUAUGGGAUAUUUGGAACUGGGUAUGCACAUCCAUCAAAGCAUAAAGGAUGGAGGAUUUUUGGCAAAUAUUGUAGUUGCAACCGCACUGGUAGACAUGUAUGCAGAAUGUGGACGCCUAAACGAGGCACGUGAACUGUUUGAAAAAAUCCCUCAAAGAAAAAUGUGGUCUCGUGUAAUGGCAUGA